CACUGCCACUGCCACUGCCACCACCGUCGCCGACACCAAUCCAUAUCUCCAUGGCUGACAACAACAACUGCCGCCCCCUCAAAAUCAUAGCCGGAGCAGACUCCUUCGGCUGCACCCUCAAGGACGCCCUCGUUUCCCACCUCCGCUCUCUCAGCAUCGACGUCGAAGAUCUCCCCACCGACAAAUACUACUCUGUCGGCGAAGAAAUCGGCCGCCGCGUCUCCGCCGCCUCCAUCACCACCACCGAGACACGCGGCCUCGUCGCCUGCGGCACCGGCGUCGGCGUCUCCAUCUUCGCCAACAAAUUCCCCGGCGUCUACGCCGCCACCUGCCUCACCGCCGGCGACGCCGAGAACACCCGCUCCAUCAACAACUGCAACGUCCUUGCCGUCUCCGGCAUGUCCACCUCCCCCGAAUCCGCCAUUGAAAUCCUCGACACCUGGCUCAACACCCCCUUCAGAUCUCCAUGCCCUGCCUCCGAUUCCAAACCCUGGCCCCCUGAAAUCGAUUCCUUUCUCGACAACUCAAUCCCCGAAAUGUCAAAAAUCGGACCCAAUUUCCCAACAACCGAAUCAGACACCUGUGCAAUCUGUUGCCUGACUAAGACCCGAGAGUUCACUCCGAUUGAGGUAAUGCCUGGUGGGUCGAUGAAGAUACUCAGAGAGACACCUACCUCGGCGAUUGUGAGGUUCAAGGCUGGGAGUGUAGAGCCGGCUCAUCACCACACGUUUGGGCAUGAUUUGGUGGUGCUGAAGGGUAGCAAGAGGGUGUGGAAUUUGAGCAAGAAGGAGAAUUAUGAUCUGGGUGUUGGUGAUUUCUUGUUUACGCCGGCUGGGGAUGUGCAUCGAGUGAAGUAUUUUGAGGAUACUGAGUUUUUCAUCAAGUGGGAUGGACAUUGGGAUCUUUUGUUGGAUGAGGAUAUUGAUACUGCCAAUGCUGCUAUUCAGAAGGAGAUUUAGUUGGGUGGGUUGAUGUGAAAAUGGAGGUAUGUUUGAUUUGAUUUUCACUUGUCUUUGAAUAAUGCUGGUGAUGCGUUUUUUUCUGUAUCAGUAAUUCUGCUAUGGUUCAGGUGUUAUAGACGUAUGCUUUUGUGUAUGUUGGAUACUUGGUCUGUUGUUGAGUAAGGGUUUGCUUAGCUUUGUAUAUAAUAUAUGUUGUUAUGAAUGAAGCUCUGCUUUUUUAGUUGUUGAUA